CCCGGGGCGUGUCCGGGCAGGGGGCGGGGCCAGUGGCGGCCGCGAUGGCGUCGCUGUUCGGCGGCGUGGAGGGCGGGGGCACCCACUCCAGGGUGGUGCUGGUGUCCGGGGAUGGCCAAAUCCUGGCCGAGACCGAGGGACCCUGCACCAACCACUGGCUCAUCGGCUCCGAGAAGUGCCUGGAGAGGAUCGAGCGCAUGGUCAGCGAGGCCAAGAGCAAAGCGGGCGUGGACCCCCAGGUGCCCCUGCGCUCGCUGGGGCUGUCGCUGAGCGGAGGGGACCAGCAGGACGCCAUCGGGAAGAUGACGGAGGAGCUGCAGCGCCGCUUCCCGCACCUGAGCCAGAGCUACUUCAUCACCACCGACGCCGUGGGGGCCAUGGCCACGGCCACCGACCACGGUGGGGUUUGGCCUUGGGCCCCUUGUCCCUGGCCCCAUCGUCACUGCCCCUGUUGUUCCUGCCCCCUUGUCCCUGUCCCCAUUGUCACUGCACCCCUUUUCCCAUCCCUGUCACCCUUGUCCCUGGAGGUUGGGAUGGCGUUGGUGACACCGGGCACCAUGUCACCCCUGUUCCCAGCCUACUGGAUCGCUCACCAGGCAGUGAAGAUGGUCUUUGACUGCAUGGACAACCUGGAGGUGCCGCCCCACGACGUCGCCUACGUCAGGCAGGCCAUGUUCGACUACUUCCAGAUCUCGGACAGGAUGGGGCUCCUGACCCACCUCUACCGCACCUUCGAGAAGUCCAAAUUUGCGGGAUUUUGCCAGAAACUGGCGGAGGGUGCCCAGCUCGGCGACCCCCUGUGCUGCCACAUCUUCACCAAGGCCGGCGAGGUGCUGGCGCGCCACGUGGUCGCCGUGCUGCCCAAAAUCCACGAGAGCCUGUUCCGGGGCGAGCUGGGGCUGCCCAUCGUGUGCGUGGGCUCGGUGUGGAACAGCUGGCAGCGCCUGCGGCCGGGGUUCGUGCCGGUGCUGGAGCGGGCGCGGCACGCGGCUCGCGGGGACUUCUCCAGGUUCAGCCUGCUGAAGCUGAGGCGCUCCUCGGCGCUGGGGGGAGCGCGGCUGGGGGCCAGGCACGCGGGCACGGCGCUGCCGCUGGAGCGCGCCGGCAGCGUGGACGUGUUCUACACGCACGCCUUCGGGGAGCCGUGACCCCAAAAGGGGACGGCGCCCCAGAACGGCCCCCCCGAGCGGCCCCCCGGGGGGACGGGGCCGGGCCGUGUGUGGGGAAUCAAAAGUGCCCAGAAAGGUGAAAGUGCUGGAAAAUCCUCCAGGAGGGAAAUUCCCAAGCAGAGCCACCUCAGGCUCCAAACUGGGAAUGACUGGGAUCACUGGGAGGGGCGGGGCGGCCAAACCCGCUCACGGAGACCCCGCAGUUUUCCAAGGAAAACUCCGGCCCCGCUCCCUUCCAAAAAACGUUUAUUUGGGAUAACACCUCGUUUGAAAUUUACAGCAUUGGGGGGGUGGGGGAAGGAGGGAAUGGGGGGAGAAAUCCAAGGAAAAGCGGGAAAAGGAGGAGGUGAAAACGUGGGAUCGCUCCAGGGGACGCAUCCCGUCCUGCCCAGCCAAAAACGGCCCCAGAUGGGUUUGGAGGGGGGAUUCCGUGGGGCUGCUGCUCCCAGGGGGGCUGGGGAAAGCGGGACGUGCCGGAAUUCCAUGAGCUCAGCCCUGUUCCCGCUCCGGCGGCGCCGAUCCCGCUGCUCCGUGAGCUGCUCGGCUCGGGGGUUGCCAGGGAUGAGCAGAGCAGUGGGGCUGCUGCUCUCCCAGCAUUCCCAGCAGCUCCCUCCUUCCCUGGAAAAGGGGUCGGGGAGCCUGGAACGCUCCUGGCUUCCCUGCUCUGGGAUUUCCAGCCCCGAGAAGGUCCCGUUUUCCAGGGAUGGGCUUUGUAACCCUGGGAGGCUC